ACAGCCGGUGCCGCUAAAGCGCAGUGACCUUUUUGUCCGCGACACAACGGAACCGUCCAGCACAGAGCAUCUACACGUCCCGAGGCUCACGGGGACCUGAACAGGACAGGACAGGACAGGUCAGGACAGGAAACGAUGGGUGACAUUGCCAAAGGAAAGAAGGCCUUUGUACAAAAGUGUGCCCAGUGCCACACUGUAGAGGAAGGAGGCAAGCACAAAGUCGGACCCAACCUGUGGGGUCUGUUUGGGCGUAAGACGGGCAUGGCAGACGGGUACUCCUACACAGACGCCAACAAGAGCAAAGGAAUCAUCUGGAAUGAGGACACCCUGUUGGAAUACUUGGAAAACCCUAAAAAAUACAUUCCUGGAACCAAAAUGAUUUUUGCCGGGAUCAAGAAAAAGGGCGAGCGUCAGGAUGUGGUGGCGUACCUGAAGUCUGCCACUUCAUAACAUCUGUAGAACAAUAUUAUAUAUUUCAUUUUGUGUUAUUGUUUGCUUAUUUUAAAUGUUCGGUUUGGGGUUUGGCGCUUUGUGCUGAAUCUGACUUGGGUCUAAUCUUUUCGGUGAAGCUGUAUUUCCUCAUCGCUCGGUGGGAACACGACGCGGCAGGCGCCUUUCUGCGGUUUUAAAGAAUAUCUGUGCAAUCGACUGCAUCACAUGUGACCCGUUUAACUUUUAUUAAACUUAUUUUAAAGAGUGUGUGUGUGCAGCCCCAUAGUUCACCUGUAUCUGUAAUGUUAUUAGAAUUUUGCACAUGGAAGACGGUCUAUCAAGUUUAUCCAUUUAUUAAAGUAUUAUAAACCAUAACUUAUUAUUUUAUUGAUAUUUUAUUGCAUUGAUUUUGUUUUCAAGGUGAAUGUGUCAGAUUCUGUUCAGGAUCAGCCUGAACCAGAACCUCACCCCCAACUCAAACAUGAACAGGCCUCACUCUGACGCCACUGAAAAUAUCAUUUAUUUAUUACACGACCAGUCAAACGUUUGGACUUUUUCAUUUCUGUUUCUUCUUCAUUUCCUCGAUUAUUCAGUCUGUUGAUUCUCACUGAAGCAUCAAAAAUAUGAGUGACACAUGUGGAUGUAGAAAACAAAAAAAUAAAUAAUAAAUGACUCAAAACCUGUUUUGAUUUUAAAAGUUAAAAACCCUUUACUCUUUGCUUUGAUGCUGGUUUCACUUUUGUCUUGACCCUGAGGUUCAGCUGUGAAGUGAAAACCUGGAGACUUCAUCAUGAAACUGAGAGAAGGACGAGGGUCUGAGCUGCACAAAACAAAGAGACGACUCUGAGGGUUUGAAUAUGAAAUGUAUAUUUUUUAAUUAUUUACCUCUUUUCUUUACUACAUAAUGCCAUACAUCUUGCUUCAUAUAUUUGAUGUGUUCUGUGUGCAUAAAAUGUUGAAAUUAGUAAAAAUAAGGAAACACUGAAUGAGAGGCUGUGUCCAGACGUUUGACUGGCCGCGUUUAAACGAGCCGAGUAAUGACCUUGUAUUAGUUGAUAAUCUCCAGUUAUUUAUUAAAAACAAAUCUGGUCUUUUACAUGAAUUUAAUAAACAUAAACAAAACAUA